UUGAGACCAUUUUUCCAGCAGGAUUGAAGUGCUGAGGUCAAGACAUACAGACUCUUAAAUGAAGUCACGCUUAAUCUUUUUCGCUAAGACCUUUCAUAAGACUUUUUCUUUUCUUAAGAGUCGAUGAUCUGAGUCAUCAGGCUGGACUGCAGCAGCGGGGCCAGACCUUUAACAGGGGAAUGUCUUGGAAGUGACUGCCGGAAAACAUCGUCGUCGUCUUAAUGGGCGACGUUUCAGUCGCUAUUUCACACUUGUUUUCUCGUCAGAAACAGAAAAACACGUCAAUGAGAGCAGCUUUAUUGGGAAUUCAGCUGCAUUAAAUUACUGUAUGUGUGAGCGCAGAGAGUCCGAGGGAAGCAAACAGAUAAAGGGCGAGUCCAGCCAGAUACUAGGUUUUGACCGGUCCCAUUUUUAGCUGUGUCAGUUUACACUGGGAGGUGCAGAAGCAACAGCAUGGCAGACUGUAAACUUUACAAACCACAAAAUGACCUGUGAUCAAAGUAGAGAAGGAUAAGGCUUGCAAAGUUUGUUUGGUUUUUGUCAUCAAAUCGCAUGUGCAGAUCAGCACCAACAGUGUUUUUGUCCACCUGUCAAUACUUUGACAGGCCUACUCUGUCUGUGGCUCCGGUGUCACCUCACAAAUGGAGUUUCAUUCUUAUAAAAGACUCACUGUGGUUUUUAUCAAACAAGCAGGAGGAAUUAGUGUAUUUGUUGGGGACUAUUUUCAGCGGUGGAUUAAUCCGUGUCACCCAGUGCAACGGUGGGGCUCAUUCAUGUCUUGUCAAUAGUUUUUGAACCACGAUGCAGAUCUGUGGCCCAGAGGAGUAAGAUGCAUCGGACUUGAAUGCAUAGACAGCACUUGUUCGUAGGAGGCAUUCAGUUUUGGUUUGGCUUAUGGGAUUUGUUGACAUGAAGAAAAAUAAUGAAUAUCAUCGGACUUCCAUCAACGGCAGUCAUUCCUCCUCAGAUGAUUAAUGCGCAAAUAGUUUUUAAUUACAGUGCAACAACACUUACAACAUGGUACGAGGACAGUUUUGCAAAACAAAGAGCUGUUUGACUGUUAAAAUUCAACCCAUGUUGGACAGUGUUUAGGUGGGCGCUCAGCUGUUUGCAAAUCUACGAAGUCUGAGAUGAAUCCUCUCGGCAGGCUGGAAAUUUUGGCCCCAUGUCUCAAUGUGUGUCAUUUCUAACAUUGGGUCGCUUAUGCGCACACACUACACAUUCAGAUCUAUGCUUUAAAAUCCUUGUUCCAUUAUUUUUCAUUCGCUCACCCUCAGUAAGAGACACGUAAUUUAGCAUUAUACACGAUUACUUCCUGAAUCCUCUCUUAACGAUUGGUAGGGCGACAUCUUCCCUGAUGUCCACUGGAUGGCAGCAGAGGCUCGCUGAACGACUUCAAAAACAGGGGCAUUCAUUUCUCGCAUUUCUGCUGAGUUUUGUGUAGCCUCUUAAAGAUAAAAAUGUCUAAAAAAAACUUUGGGGUUAUGAUGUUUUUAAAAGACUUGUGUGAAUUUUUUUACAGCGCUGCUGCGGAGACGAGCUUACGUCACCGUGUUAUCAACGGUCAAGUUCAAAGAUCAAAUAUUUAAUCUGGUUAAAACGACAGGGGAAAUGAGGGGAACGCCCACAACCCUCACUUCUCCAGACAUUUUUUAGCAGACCACAGGAUUUUAUCUGACCCUCCCCAUGUGUUGAACUCUGAGUAUGUGCUAAUGAUGGUACAGGGUCCCUCCGUUUAAACACAACCGCUAUAAACAUGCAUUCAUACCUCUGUCAGUUUAAUUUAUCAACGGGCAGAGCAGCCGGGAGGCUCUGUGACGCCUGCCGGUUUUAUCAACCCUGUGUGCCUGUGUGUGUGUGAGGUGAGAGGCGCGUUACUGUUAAAGUGAUGCGUGCAAAUGUGUGUUUAAUCCGUUUUCUUUGUAAUGUAGCAGUAAAGCAGUUCCCUCGAUCCCAGACCGUUCCCUCCCAUGGGAGACAACAGAAUGACCUUAACCUUAAUGUAAAAAGAAGAUACAUAUAUUUACAUCUAUCCACAUUUCAAUACCGUGCCGAAUCUGACAAUUGAAGCCGCCGCAGCUUAUCUUCAUUUGCUUUACAGGAAAUAAGCCUCUUACUGCACCUUUGAACGGAAACGGUGACAUUUGUGAGAUGUAUAAUCUAGACUCGAAAACUGAAGCAAAAUGAAAUGUCCCAGCCCAUCAGUACCUCCCCCUCACUGAGUUCAAGAGGAUCGGUGACUGUAAGGUUACUUCAUGGAAUAUAUACGUUUGAACUGUGUAUAUAUUAUAAGUAAUGUUUAUUUAAAUAGGUUUGUGAAUGAUGGAUUGGAUUAAGUGAAACCUUUGACACGUGUUAUGACUACAGCAGGUACCGCCGCAUUUCCCACUCUGUCUCUGCUGGGAAGAACCGUCCGUGAUGGAUCCGCUCACCUUCAAGUCGCUUCUGUUUCUGCUCUCUUUGCUCGGAUGCUGUGCUGGGCAGGACAUCCUGCCGGAGGGUCCGCUGGACGCGAUUGUGGGGAGAAAUGUGACAUUUGAAACCCUGAUCGACAUUCCGGACUAUGCCUUUAUUAUCUGGAAUUUCAACGACGGGAGCGAACAGACUCACAUCAUCACCGUGGGUCAAACCGGGACGAAAGUCAACGCGCCGUACGAGGGAAGGGUGUCGCUAAACGAGACCAACGGCUUCCUGACCCUGAUGUCCCUGAGGACGGAGGACAGCGGGGAUUAUAGCAUCAACAAAGUUCUGACCAACGGUGAUACGAAAACCGGGGAGAUUAAGCUCCGGGUUCUGAAGCCGGUGUCUGACGUGGUCAUCAAGUCCAACCUGCCCGAGGUGAUCGAACACAACAGCACCUUGGUUCUCAACUGCGCCGCUAAAGGCUCCUUCCUCACGUUUGCCUGGAGGAAUGGCACCACAAACAUCGUGGGCGACGGCAAACGGCUCACACUUAAAAAUGAGGAAAUGUCCAGCACACUGACCAUCACAGGUGUCCUCCGGUCAGAUCUGGCUGGUCCUAUCUACUGCGUAGUUUCCAACAAGCUGGAGGAAGAGAAGAGCGCCCCCCUCAACCUCACCGUCUACUACGGACCAGAUGAAGUCACCAUCAGUCCUCCAAGCACUCCGCAGUUCAUCAGGUCUGGCUCCCACUUCAACCUGUCCUGUUCAGCCCAGUCCAGCCCGCCCGCCGCCUUCACCUGGUACCACAACCAGUCCGUGAUAGAGUCGUCGGGUCCCGUCCUCACUCUAAAAGUGAUUGAAGAGCUGGGAUUAGGGAAACAAGUGGAAGAAUACACGUGCCGAGCCAAAAAUGACAAGACCCAGCGCAACAUCCAGUCUCCUGCUGUUUCCUUCGCUGUGAUGGAGGCCAUCUCAGGAAUUGCAAUCACUGGUCCGACUACGACCCUCAUCGCCGGCAACAGCACAGCCAACCUCAGCUGCCAGGCCACAGCUGGCAUUGUGAAGACCAGGACCUGGCUGAAAGAUGGCAAACCUCUGUCUGCCAGCUCCCGCCUGGUGUUCUCCAACAACAUGAGCUCCCUGAUGAUCAACGUGCUGCAGAAGGAGGACAACGGGGAGUACACGUGCGUGCUCACCAACCCCAUCAACACUGACAAAGCCUCCUACAAGAUGGUGGUCAACUUUGGUCCUGAACCAGCAAUGGUGACAGGUGAAAAGGCUGUAGAGGUGAACGAUCCCGUGACGCUCACUUGCUCGGCAUUAUCCAUCCCGCCCGCCCGCUUCACUUGGAAGUUUAAUGGCUCAGAGACCAUGGUCAAAACAGCAGAGUAUACCCUCAAGGCGGCCAUUUACAAGAACACCGGAGCGUACACGUGUGUGGCGUCAAACGCGGUCACUGGCAAGACCACCAUGUACACCCACAACCUGUCCGUCAAAGAGGAGGGAACGUUGGAUGAACAUCUCUCCAAUGGAGCCAUCGCUGGAAUCGUCAUUGCCGUCCUCAUCGCUCUUGGUGCCGCCAUCGCCCUAAUCAUAUACUGCCGACAGAAAGUGCCGGUGGAGUCGCCGUACUGAAGAAGUCCCUGCACACUGCUGGAGAUGCUGGCCCAAACAACUGUUUCCCAUGUUUCCCAUGAUCCAUCGGUGCAACUGGGAGAGGUGUCCUCAUGGAUCCAGCUGGUUUCCUGUGAAGCCCUUGCCAAACCAGCUUUCCCAUCAUCCCUCUCUCUCUCUCUCUCUCUCUCUCUGUGGCUGACGAGGACAGUGGAAACUUGGUUUAACCCACAUGAUGGAUUCUGUGAGCGUUUGGAUUUUUAGCUGGAAUCUUCACUGUUGUUCUGAUUGUUUUUUGUUUUUUUUUCCACCUUCCCCACAAACCAUCACUGAAUCAUCAUCAUCAACAUCACCCCCCGGCCUUGUCUUCUUUUCUUCCACCUGGUGUUAACAAACGUCAGCUCUCACCUUUUGUCUGGCUCACCGCUUCCUUUAGGAAACUAAAAACACAGAAACUCAGACGGAGACGUUUUCUGGACCAAAGCUGAUGGACUGACAGUUACGAUGAGUGACUCUCUUUAUCCUGCUGGAAACCUGAGGAGAUCACACACACACACACACACACACGUUCCUCUAUCCCUGUGUGGACACUCAUUGACAUAAUGCACUCCCUAGCCCCUUACCCUAACCUGAACCCUUGAACCAGAUCUGAACCCUCAAACAACAGUCUCUACCCGCGGGAACAUCAGUUUGUCCCCACAGCGACACAAGUCCCCACGGGUUAGUGUGCAUUCAGGUGAAAGUCCCCACUGGGAUAUAAGAACAAGUAACACACACACACACACACACACACACACACACACACACACACACACACACACACACACACACACACACACACACACACACACACACACACACGUUGAGGUUCAGGGUUUAAAUAAAAUCAAAAUUUUUGCGGUUUGAUUUAUCUCACUGUCUUUGCCAGGCGGGUGGAGUUUGCCUGAAGGGGGAAGCUUGAAGUGCAGUGGAGGCUUUUCAAGUAAAGUUUUGGAGGCUUCUCUGUGCUCGACAGCGAUGCGGGAGGACAGUUUGAUCCAACACACCUCAGUUUGUUCGGUGCUCACCGUUUUCUGACACACCUGUUCAGCCCACUUUGUUAGAAACGCGUUGGCAGUUGAGAUUUUUUUUUUUUAACCGAGGUUACUGCAAAACUCUCUCCGUCUCUUUCCCUGUUUUCUGUUGUUGUUUCACGGUGUCAGACAGAAACCGUCGAGCCCACUGAGCUAUAAGCUUAAAACAUCUUUACACAGCCCUUUAAAAACCCUAGACUGUGGCAUUGUCAACAAGUAAGCCAUGAUGCAAAACAAGAUGCCCCGAUAUAACAACAACAAUUAUUAUCAGUAAUAACUUUUUAUUUAUGUAACCCAAAACAAAGUUAAACUGUAACACACACAAAUAAGUAGAACAAGAUGGUAAAACAAUUACUACUACUAAUAAAAUGUUAUAGAGUGCUUUUCUAUUUACUAGAGAUGCUUUACAUGAUAAAUUAGUUAAGUAAAAGAAAAUUAAAAUAGAAGUUCAGAAUGGCAGAAGACAUGAAAGAAAUAAUUAAAAGAAGAAGUUCUAAGAAGAAGAGUUUCUAGAGACGUCUUGAAUGUAGCACCAUUGGACCAGUCCCAGAUGUUUUGAUGUAGGUUGUUAAAAGGGAGUUUUUAAAGUGAAGAUUUAGCAAACGACACCAUGAGUGCGUUAUCGUUUAUAUCGUAGCACCUCAGAGUGCAUUAUGGCUCUUAUACCAUGGCCACGGACUAGUCACUGUUAAAACCCUCCUCCAAGGGUUUGUAGGCAGUUUAACCCUUAACUCUUUUAGCUGUGACUCUGACUUCUUCCUACUUUUUCCUCUUUCUUUACCUAUAUCCUUCCCUGACUCACGGCCCGGGAUCCUUUUUAGUGUUUGUUUUAAAAUCAUCCUAUGUCUUCUUCUGUGGAAAUGUGCAAGAGCAAAAGGAGCGGGAGAUAAAUGUUUAAGGCGGCACAGACAUGAUUCAGCAUGCAGGGACGAGUCAGCGAGGCGAAGAAAGAAGGGAACGAAAGGAAAGGGCGGGAAGGUGUUUGUGGGCGUCGACAUUCCUUGAGUUUUGGAGGGAAAGUUUGGUGAGCUUCAGGGUGGUGCUACUGAGUUUUAUAAAAAAAACUUUUACCACUAUUGGAUUUUAAUCUAAAUUAUACUGUUGCAGGUUAAUAACACACCUCGCUUUUGAACAGUCAGUUAUCUGAAAAUGUAAAAACAAAAACAAACCACUUUUUGAAUUAUUUGAAGUUCAGCUUUUAGCCAGAUCACUUUUUUUUUUGAGUAUAUCGUCAUCAAACCUCGGAUGAUUUAUGCUGCUCUUUGAGCUGGUU